AAGACCUGGCCUGAGGCUGCCGCCUGUGAGAGCUUACAUGGACGACCUUACCACCCUCACCACGACCAAGGCUUGCACUGUACGGCUACUGAAAAAGCUGCAAGAUAACAUCGAGCUGGCUCGGAUGAAGAUCAAGCCGAGCAAGUCCAGAAGCAUCUCCAUCGUCAAGGGGAAGCUGUCAGACCAACGCUUUCUCAUUGGCGAUGAGCCUAUUCCAACUGUCUCUGAGAAGCCUGUGAAGAGCCUUGGCCGAUGGUAUGAUGCCUCCCUGGAUUCGAGUGAUCCAUUUGUAGCCCAAGCUGCACCCAUCCUGGCUACUGGGAGGAAGUGGACCCCACUGGAAGCAACCAAGCAGGCAAAGGCAGCACUCAAGCACAGGGACAUCGUGGGCCGAGUGCAGCACGGGAGGAGUGGUCUUGGAGCCGGAGCCAGUACACCGGCCUGGAACAAGGCUACUCCGUUCCAGAGACGCAAGCUGGUGGUCCAGGAGGUACGUCAGCAAGAGGAGGCAGCAAGGUGUGCAAAAGCUGUUUCACAGGCAAAGCAGGGGCAGUGGAUGACUUGGGAGGGAGUGGAGAAGAGGAAGAUCUCCUGGCAGGAGCUGUGGGAGAUGGAGGCAUUUAAGGCUAGCUUCACCAUCAGGGCCGCUUAUGAUGUACUGCCGUCUCCCAAGAAUCUUAGCCAGUGGUACGGAGAAGACCCGACAUGCUCCCUCUGCCCGACUCCAGCUACACUAAAGCACAUCCUGGUGGGCUGCAAGACCGGCCUCACUCAAGGCCGGUACACCUGGCGGCACAACCAGGUGCUACAGUGUCUUGCGGCAGUGAUGGAGAGUCGACGGAUGAGCGUCAAUGCCCUUCCUCCACCAUCUCGUAGGCCGGCAACAACAUUUGUCCGGGAGGGCGGGGGCCAAGCCACUCUCACCACCACAAGACCAGAAACUGGACAGCUAGGUGGGGCACGGGACUGGAAGAUGCUGGCAGACCUAGGCCAGAAGCUCCGAUUUCCAGCAGAAAUAGCAACAUCAAAUCUGCGACCAGACCUUGUGCUUUGGUCGGCCUCACUCAAGCAGGUCUAUAUCGUCGAGCUCACGGUGCCCUGGGAGAGUGCGGUGGAAGAGGCUUACGAGCGCAAGAAGCUAAGGUAUGCGGACCUUGCAGGAGACGCACAACAACGAGGCUGGAAAGCUAAGGUCUGCCCAGUUGAAGUAGGCUGCAGAGGAUUUGUAGCCACCUCAACAUCCAGGCUUCUUCGAGAGAUGGGAGUGCGGGGGAAGGCCCACAGGCAGGCAGUCAAAGACCUUUCCAGGGCUGCUGAAAAGGGAAGUCAGUGGCUGUGGAUAAAGAGGAAGGACUCCGCCUGGGCUGUCGGAUGAGUGAUGGCAUCUAGGGAGUGAGCCCGGGACGCCGGAUCUCACUGCUGAACCCUCUGGAGGUGUCGUGGGUCAAUCAGCGAAACAUCGAAGAAGGAGGGCGCCCACUUGACAACCCAUAGGAUGCCAUCAAUCAUUCGACCAACCCACGGAGUCUCGAGUAUGCAGAAAGGGAUAUUAACACCUUGUCCUACAUAA